AUGGCUACGUUGAAGGAGAUCUUGAAGUGGCGGCCGGUGGUGGCAACCGUCAGACUCACCGUUCCAGCCGGAGGAGCAAAACCGGGACCACCGGUUGGUCCGGCAAUUGGUCAAUACAGGCUAAACAUAAUUGCAUUCUGCAAAGAUUUCAAUGCAAAAACCCAAAAAUUUAAGCCCGACACUCCGAUCGCCACAACGGUAAAGGUUUUUACAGAUAAUACGUUCGAGCUUAGCGUUCGAUCACCUUCGGUCACAUGGUAUUUGAAAAAGGCUGCAGGAAUCGAGUCGGGAAGCCGAAUGCCAGGCCACGUUGUUGCAUCGAGGCUAACAUUAAAACACAUCUACGAGAUUGCGAAGGUGAAACAAUCGGAUCCGUAUUGCCAGUAUAUGUCGCUAGAGGCGAUUUCGAGAUCGAUCAUAGGUACGGCUAAUUCUAUGGGGAUUAAGGUAGUGAAGGAACUGGAUUAA